AUGAACCAGCGGCGGGGCUCGUGUCCGAACUGCAGGCGCGAGCUUUUCGAGCCGGAGAGGCUGCGGUUUGAGAGCGCGCAACGCGGUAAUACGCGUGUUGCCGCACUGCGAGAUACGCGUCCUGCGGAGGAGGAUAUCGAUGUUAGGGCAGCUGUAGCUGCGCCGCUUGCACGGCUAAGCACCAACGCAAGCCCACCACGGCCGCAUCGCUUCGCCGCUGUCACGGCCGAAAACCGCAAACUGUGGGAGUGCGUCCAAAGCGCAUUCGCCCGCAAAUGGGCUGAGUUCACUGGAGACUUGUCCAUCAUCCGCUGGCAGGAAAUCGUAAACACCGCCUGCGCCGCCUUCUCCCAGCACUUCGACGCUACCAACCCGCUCAGCGGCUACAUCACGCUAGACUCACUCAUUAACCUCAGCGCAUGUGCUGCGCUCGUCGAGCAUUGCGCUGAGCCUGAGCGUGUCGGCAUCCGGCAUUCUGACUUUAACACUUUGGUGACGCUGGCGGGGAGGAAGCUAAGGCGCGUUCAGUCGAGCUAUCGCUCGGUCCCUGUCCAGUAUGAGCGCCUCUUGAACUACAAGGACCCUGUGGGUGCGCAUCAGCUUACUGAGUAUCAGGUUCGAGAGGACGAGAUGCGGGCGCGGUGGAUUGUUGGGCUGCGAGUGAGGACUAGGGGUCUAGGAGCAGACCCGUACGGACGGAUUAAUAUCUAG